GUUUCCCCGCGCUGGUUGAGUUCCGUCUGCCCGAACUGCUGGGGUCAAUUCAAGCUCGUCGAUGACGCUGCGGGGUGAUGGGACGCAUUCAGGUAGGGAUGUGCAGGCUGCGGAGGCUGCGGAGGCGUGUGUCAACAACACAGAACCACCUGGGCACCCACUCCCCGCACAAGACCUGCCCAGGUGGUUAUAUAUUGCUCGAGAAUCUGGCGGACGAAGAGCCACGGGACGGCUUAUGCUAUACUACCUAGGUAAAAAGCAGAGUUUCAACCUGUCUGCCCGUCUGCCCGUCUGCCCGCAUUGCUCCCAUGUCCAGCCCCGCUUUAUAGUCUUUCCCGCCGAGACGCCUAUUCAACCCACUUGUGCACGCGGCCUGGACUUCAGGAAGAGCAUUAACCGCGUCCAUUUCAGCCAAGGCCGCCCACCCCGUAGCAAAAUUGUUCAGGGGACAACCGUCCCUCAGUCCUUCAGUCCUUCAGCGUCAUGGCCCCUCUCACAGAUCAGACUCUCAACACGCUCCGCGCCACCGUGGAUACGGCCUGCUAUGACCACAGCAAGGGCAUCCCCGGGGCAACGGUCGUCGUUGUGAACAAGGAUGGCGACGAGCUGUUCGCGCACGCCGCUGGGCGCCGGGGAAUGGCAAGCGCCGAGGAUAUGACGCUGGACAGCGUGUAUUGGAUCGCCUCCUGCACCAAGAUGAUUACCGGCGUCGCCGUCAUGCAGCUGGUGGAGACGGGCAAGCUCAGACUCGACGACGGCGACCAGCUCGAGGGGCUGUGCCCUGAGCUCAAGACACUUCAGGUCUUGAAUAGGGAUGGCACGUUCGAGGAGAAGAAGAAGCAGAUCACGCUGCGCAUGCUCUUGACACAUACCUCCGGGUUUGGUUACUCGUUCUUCAAUGUCCGACUGAGGGACUGGGGGCUUCCCGCUGGGAUUGACGAGUUUAGCGGGCGCUUCGAGGACAUGAUCUCGCCGCUCCUGUUCCAGCCUGGAGAGGGCUGGGAGUACGGAGUUGGCAUUGACUGGGCCGGUAUCGCCCUGGAGAGAGUGACGGGACAGAAGCUGAAUGAUUACAUGAGGGAGAACAUCUUCGAGCCGCUAGGCAUCAAGAACAUGUCCAUGAUACCAACUCAGGAGAUGAAGUCCAAGAUGGCCUUUAUGAAUCAUCGCGAACCUGACGGAACUUUGCGUCCGCGCGAUCACCUCGCCCGGUUGCCGGUGGCGGUGAGCAGCAAGGAGGAAGCAGGAAGAACCUUCAACAGUGGGGGAGGGGGCAUGUUCGCCCAGCCCAGGGAGUACUGCAAAAUACUGGCGGUCCUCCUCAACGACGGCAAAUGCCCAAAGACCGGUGCCGACAUCUUAAAACCUUCUACCGUCGCCGAGAUGUUCACCAACCAGAUCCCCGAUUUCCCGGACUUUGGCCGCCAGCCCAUCCCAGCCGCGAAGCCAGACCAGACCAACCCCAUUCCCGAGCUUUAUCCCCUUCCUGGGAACCCUCCCCAAGGAUGGGGCUUGACAUUCAUGAUCAGCGGAGGCGGCGCGACGGGCCGCAGUCGGAGCACGGUUCACUGGGCCGGGCUGGCCAAUUGCUGGUGGUGGGCGGACCGGGAGCACGGGGUCGCGGGAAUCAUUGCCACGCAGAUCUUGCCGUUUGCUGACUUCCCAGUCUUGAAACUCUGGGCUGAUAUCGAAAAGGAGGUUUAUGUUGGGCUACACACGGCGAAAGGUGGGAAUUGA